ACCUAAUAUUUGAGAGCAAGAAUAUUUUUAAACAAUAGAAAUUGAAUUUUGGAAAGGAAACCCUUCUAAACGGAUAAUCUCUGUGCUUCUUUCCUUUACCCCUCUAUUUUUGGCGCGCUCACUCUAAAUCAUUUGGUGUUCCUUUUCCAGUUCCAUCCCUCCAGCCACUUCUGUUCCGCCGUCGAUUUUCUGUCAGCCGCUUCCAGUAGAACAAGGUUCUCCCGGAUUCAAUUGGUCAGCCAAGCGGAGGAGCUGUCCUUUUCUUUUUCCAGGUAAUGUAAAUUCGUUUUAUUUGGUUUUGGGAAAUCAAGGCACGGCGACUUGGCCCUUUUCUGUUUUUGAGCUGGUUUAAAGCAUCCGGUUUGAAUUGGGUUUUAGCUUGGGUUUCAAAUCAUGAGUUGGGAUAAGAUUGUGUAAUGUGGUUCUGGGUUUAGAUUUUUCUCUUGGGGCAGUAAAUGAAGACAGUUUUAUUCCAAAAGAUUGUAUUUUCAGUAGAGAACUGCUGUUGUUUUUGUCAUUUGGAAUUAGAGCCGGCAGCUCGAAUAAGCUUUGAUCUCUUUCGGUUUAUUUCUAUGCUCAAAGUGGUUUUGACUGAAUGUCGUUGUUUGGGAUGGAAUUUAGGUUUGUACAUUGUGGAAUUGGGAAUUUGUGUGGUCUUGGGAAUGCUUUUCUUUCAAGAAUGGUACGCCUAAUUUUUUUUUAAUUUUUAUUUAUUUAUUUAUUUAUUUUUUGGGUAGAAGAUCAAAUGGCGUAUUUGCAGACUUUUAUUGGGAGGUAAAGUAGAAUUGAUUUGAGUAGGAAGAUCGUGUUGUUGGUUGGAUUAAGUGUAUCGAGCUUUAUAAUUGUAAAUUUUAGGGGAGAAGAUAAAAGAGGGCUUAUUCAGAGAGUCAGUUUGAGAGUGUUGAUAAGAUUACUCUAAUAAUGUUGUCUUUAAGGCAAAGAAAGAAAGGAAGAGUUACUCCCUGGUGAAUUUCUGCUCUUCACUAUUUCCUGAUGCUUUGGACUUAUGAAUUUACCGAAUUCUCUAAUUCACUUGAAUCUUUUUUUCCUCUUAUAAGUUAUAAGAUGUUGUUUUCUAAGUGCCAUUUCUUUAUUUUUUUUUAUUUUUUUUGCUUAUUUAGUACCGUGAUAAUUUUUGGGUGUGGAACCAACACAAUUGAUUAUUAGCUUCAACAUGAGUUAUGUACAGUCCGUCCUUUGUUCCCACUAUCGGUCAUCUCUAGGAUUUUUCUCCCAACGUGGAGCGCUGUUGCUGCUGUGCAGUUUACUCUUUCUAUUUCACAUCUUUCUCAUGUAUGGGAAGUUUGUGUUUUUCAAUUUCUCAUCUGGUUUAUGGUGCUUACAAUUUUUCUCCGGAAAGUUCCUUUGAGCCUAGGAGAAGGAGAGAGCCAAAUUGAAAUAGGAUUUAACAAUCGCAAUAAACCUGAUUUAUGUUCAAGAGCAGUAACAUGCCUAACCCAGUAUUAUUAGUCCCACUCUUAACUAAUUAGGAAAAAAGAAAAAUUAAAACUGGCCACUAAUGGAAAAACUAAUUAACAAUAACAAAGGAAAUAGUAUCUACCAAAAUGACGAAAUCAAACCAAACUCAAGGUGCUUUUCCAUUUCGUAGUAAUAAAGUAUAGGUAUGCAUUUACUAUUUUCUUGCUGUAUCAUUCGCAAGGUGUUACAGAGCAUGUAUUUGUUUGCUCUUGUAUUCCUAGUUUUUGAGUCGUUUAAUUUUUGGAUAAACUUUUAUUUUCAGAUCCUGCAAGAAGGCUUGAUCGUCACUACUCUUUCUUAGGAUUUGAUUUCACAUUUGGUUCCUACAAGCUUGUUCUUUGCAUACCCGCAAAACCUUCUACUAUAGAAAUGCUUCUCUACUCUUCAAUGUCUGCAGUUCCUUUGAAGCAAUUUCAGAUUUCCAACUCGAAAGUGCAAACUGGAUUUGUUUUGCAGCGUAAAAUUUCUUCAAAUGAUCAGUCCUUUGCUAGGAUAAUGAACUUCAGAAUCUCUUUACUGAAUAUGCCACUACAGACCUCUUUACGGUUGAGGGCUGGGGACAAAUAUAGUAAUUUAUUUGGUGACAGCAUGGACAAUUUUGAGUGGAGUGAUGAAGAGAUAGUUGAAAUGGAAGAGGGAGAAUUGGGUUCACCAUGGGAAGCAGCCAUCAUUUAUAGGAGAAAUGCUGCAGUCUCACAUUUAGAAUACUGUACAACAUUGGAGAGGCUGGGUUUAGGGUACAUUUCCACCAACGUUUCGAAAUCACGUUCUUCAGAGCUGGGAUUAAGGGUCACCAAUUCCGUGAAAGAUUUUCCAGAUGGAACUCCGGUCCUGGUAUCGAUUGAUGUUAUGAGGAAGAAAAAGAAAGAGCUGAGACUGGACGGUCUAGUUCGAUCUGUCAUUUCUCUACGCUGCAAUAGGUGUGGUGAGCCAGCUGCUAAGAAUAUCUUUUCAAACUUUUCAUUGUUAUUGACUGAAGAACCGAUUGAAGAACCAGAAACAAUUGAUAUGGGCACAAUUUUUGAAGAAGACAAGUUUAGAAGUUUUGUGAGCAAUGGGGAAGAUGAAGACGACGACUCGGAAUAUGUUGAUGAUCAGCUCUAUUUUCCUCCAGGAGAUAAAGAAAUUGACAUUUCGAAGCCCAUAAGAGAUCUAUUGCAUGUAGAAAUUACUAUUGACACGAUUUGUGACCCAAAAUGCAAAGGCAUAUGCCUAAGAUGUGGCAUAAACCUUAACACAAAAAGCUGUAAAUGUAAGAAGCAAGAUGGUGGUGAAAACCCUUUCGGUCCUCUCGGAAAUCUGAGGAAACAAGCAUAUCAAAACUAAGGGCUUUUAAAUGAUGAGGUUGAACUACAUGGUAUUGGUCUUAGUUAUUCAACUUAUAAUCAGUAUUACUCUCUUUUUAAACAUUGGGAUGAUGUUGCCUUUGCAAAAUAGCUGAUAUUAUUAUUAUUAUUAUUAUUAUUAUUAUUA